UGGGGGGGUGGGAGUUCAUGGCUAAAGGCUCUCGGGGAACCACUAGGCCUCGUUUCCAUGGAGUCAUACCCGACGUCUCCUUGCGACUGAGGCAUGCCAUUCUUCUUCCUGCUGCUAAAAUGUGCCGCUUAUUCUGACUCAGGCUAUUGUGGAGCGCACAAGUGGCUCUCUGAGGAGAAGGGGAUGGAUAAAGAAAGGGCGGGGUCAAGGUUCAAAUGAGCGACUCCCAUUGGGGCUCCGUUAGCUGUUAUCAAAUUUAGUUGAGACACAAGAAGAGCUACAGUUUCAUUGCAUUGGACAUCUUGAGGGAGCGUGAAAGGGUUAUAGGACAGCGUUCUUUGUGUCUGAGCUUCACUUCUCCCAGAGCUCGUCCCCGUCUCCACUCUGCAGCCGCGCUGCUUGUUCAGCAGCUGAAUUGUUCCCAAAGCAGCUGAGCUUUUCUUCAAGACGUAAAGUUAACUGCAGAGCUCAGUCAUCCAAAUGGAGUCUGUUACGAUGGCGUUGCCGUCCAAUCAGCCAACAGAGAUCUGCGCAGCAGUGGAUACAACAGUUGAGAACACGCUGUUUGGAUGCUUCUACAUCCUGGUUUUCUUCCUGGCGCUGAAUGGUAACAGCCUGGCUCUCUGGAUCUUCUCUCACCAGCGCGGCGUUUCCUCCCCAGCUAACGUCUUCUUGAUUCACCUGGCUGUGGCGGACUUGUCCUACGUGAUCAUCCUCCCGCUGAGGGCCACCUACCACCUCACCGGGGGCCACUGGCCCUUUGGCGAGGUGCCCUGCAGGCUGGCGGGAUUCUUGUUUUACGUCAACAUGUACGCCAGCCUGUAUUUCCUGGCUUGCGUGGCGGUGGAUCGUUACAUGGCCGUGGUGCACCCUGUGAGGUCGCUGAAGGUCCGCCGGGCCCGCUACGCCCACAUCAUCAGCUUCUCGCUGUGGGCGCUAGUUACCGUCUCCAUGGCGCCGCUGCUUAUCACCCACCAGACGGCGGAGGUGAACGGCGUGACGGUGUGCUCGCAGCUGUACAGAGAGAAGGCCUCGCCCAAGGCGCUCAUCUCCCUGGCUGUGGCCUUCACCCCGCCAUUCCUCGCCACCCUGACCUGUUACCUGCUCAUCAUCCACAGCCUGCACCGGGGCUCCCGGUUAGAGCCGGCCCUCAAGCUAAGGGCCCUGCGCACCAUCGGCCUGGUCAUGCUCAUCUAUGUGGUCUGCUUCCUGCCCUACCAUGUGAGCAGGGCCACUUUCAUCCUGGGCUACAGCCACCCUGACGUCUCGUGCCAGACACGCAGGGGCCUGAGCCUGGCCAACCGGCUCACCUCUUCCCUCACCUGCCUGAACGGUGCCAUGGACCCGCUGAUCUACCUGUUUGGCGCCGAGAAGUUCCGCGGCACUCUGAUGCGAUUGUUUUGCAAAGAUCGGGCGAGCGUGUCGGGAGCCACCAGCGGAGAGCUGAAGGGGACACACGAGAGCUCUGUGAGCGCCAAGUCUGAGUUCUGAUGAGACGAGAUUUGAACAAAGAUGCUUUUACAACACAAAGGAAAAUUGUUUUUUUAAUUGAGUGUUUGUGUGGUUGACGUGCUACUGCAGUCCCCUGAACCUGAAAAGCCCAUUUUCAGUGUCCACUCGACGUCUCAUUCACCCUCACAGGUUUGGACUGUGUGAGUGUAAGGACUCCAGAUGACAUGUGCGGACUAGGACAGCACUUUGUGAACUCACGCUACCGGGACGUGGACGUUCCUGUGACUAUUAAUUAUAAAACUUGUAUUCCAUAUGUAACGUAAUCAAUGGAAGAUCAUUAUUUUUGCCCCCCAUUUAAAAUCCAAACGGUACUUUCAACCCACAUUACCAUAUUUGGAAGUUACUUUCACCCCCCGAGAGGACAAAUGUCUGUCAACUGGCAGAAAGUGUGCAUAAAGUUCACCAGAAAACCCUCCCAACAUUAGCCCUCGGCAGAGAGGGAGCCAUCGGAGUCUGUGAGACUACGAGGCUCUCGUUUCCAACCUGACCUCGACAAGAAGGAGGCCAUUUCCACACGCCUUUUGUGUCAAACAUCAAAAAUGUACAUAGUCCAUUUUUAAUCAAUACUUUCUGUUACUGUUUUUGUAUCUUAUGCCAAAUGUGAUGAAUACUUCGCUUUUAAUGAAAAUGUGUUAUCUAGGGUCCACUUAAAUUUGACAGGGUUUCUGUGAAAUACUGGUUUGUAUGACUAAUACCUGCAUAACUAAUGACGUUUCCAUUAGCCAGCACAACCAGUGCUAAGUUGCUAAACAUGGUAGACAUUAUACCCGCUACAUCAGCAUGUUAGCGUUGACAUUCUGAGCAUUCUAGCAUACUUGAUUGUGCCUAGGGAAGCCUGACUGCACACUCUUGUCUUGUUUUAAUAUUUUAAAACCACUUACAAAUGUAUUUUUGAAACACUGCAUAUUUCACUUUUGCUAGACAAAUCUUAAAUGUACAUAUAUUCUUCAUUUACUCCUCUAUGCUAUGCAUUCAUUGUUUUGUCCACAUUUAGAUGAUAUUGCACUAUUGCAUGACAAAAUAUUCUUCCUUUUUUUUAACCAUGAGUUUGGCUUAACGCCAUUUUCAGAAAAAAAAAAAAUUUCACAGACAGACAUGAUUCACACGGCAUGUGCAAGUAAGCUGUGAGUUAUAAAUGUACUUUGCAUUUUUAAAUAAUAACUGAAUAAAUGUUUGAUUUCACCUCCACUAUCCACGAGACGAUGAAUCUUUAUUA